AUGGCGAUUGUUCCGUGCACUACAAGUCCGAAAAACAAGUUCGGGAGGGGCUUCAGGGAAUACGACGAGGAAAACGAGAGGAACACGAUGGUCGAGAACGUCUACCACAUUAACCAUUCCAAGCAGACCCUGGAAUUUGUGCUCGGAAUGAAGGAACGGCAUCUGAAGCUGGACAAGGCCGAGAUGAGCGUGUGGGAAGCGGCGGAGCUGUUAAACGAGCUCGUGGACGACAGCGAUCCCGAUUUGGAUAUGGCGCAGAUCGAGCAUGCACUACAGGCAGCAGAGGCGAUCAGACGGGACCACCCGAGCGAGGAAGAAGACUGGUACCCACUCGUUGGGUUCCUUCAUGGUGAUACGUUUCCUGUUGGCUGUCGGUUUAGCAACAAGAUCGUCCACUCAAAGUUCUUCAACAGCAAUCCAGACUCGUCAGUUGAAGACCUGAGCACAGAGUGUGGUAUUUAUGCGGAAGGCUGCGGAAUGGACAAGGUCCAUAUAUCCUGGGGCCAUGACGAGUAUAUGUAUCAAGUCCUUGUCCAAAACGGCUGCAGCAUUCCACCCCAAGGCCUCUACAUGAUCCGCUACCACUCAUUCUAUGCUCUGCACAGGGAUGAGGAGUACCAACACCUGAUGGACGACUUUGAUCGGGAGAUGCUUCCAUGGCUCAAAGACUUCAACCAGUACGACCUCUACAGCAAGAGUGCACAGCGCUUGAAUGUGGAGGAGCUCAAGCCCUAUUAUCAAAGGCUCACUGCCAAGUACAUCCCUAAGGCAAUUCUCAAGUGGUGA